ACAUUAAUUGCACUGAGAUGUUUUAGUUGUUAGAACUCGAAAUCAUCAAGUGAUAUCAAAUUAAAUUUUUUCAUUUCAAUCAUGUUAUCAGCAGGAAUAAUUACAUAAACUUAAAUCUUGAAAUCAAAAAAACUCGUCUUAAAUUGAGCAUUUUUCAAUGUGUGAGCCGACAUAUUAGAAGAACGAAAAAGAAAAUGAAAAUGCAAAUUUCUUAAUUAUAAUGGUCAACCUAUUGAAUAGCAUUGAGCAAAUUCUAGAAACAUCAAGAAAAAUGUCAUAAUUGUACGAAUAAUUGAAAUAAUGGACAAAAAAUUGUCUUCAGUAAAUCAAAGGACUGAAGGAUCGAGUAAUGAGACAAAUAAACAGAUGCAAACAAACGAGUUCAACAACAAAGCAACAUCUAACUAUAAUUCGUUUGAAUUCUUGGAUAUGUCUUCUUGCGAUGAGACACAAAAGUUGAAAUUGAAAAAUACUUUAAGUGCUUCAUCCUCGUCCACCACAUAUUCUGCUCAUCGAGAGAAAUAUCGAAGUAAUUUAGCUAUGAAUAACUCUCCUGUUCUACCACAUAAAUGUUCAACCACCGUUCAAUAUCAUCCUAACAAUAAUAACAAUAAUAGUAAUAGUAGCAAAAUUCAAAAAACAAAUUACCAAUUUUAUACAACAAAACAAAUGAAUUCCAUUGAGCAUGAGUUGCCACAACAUGCUCCUUUUACAACUCGAUCGUUUUCUUCUGAGCCAAACAACUUCAGUGGAAAAUAUAACAAUAAUUUUAAUAACAGUAAUGUCUCA